CCUCCUCCUAAAGCGAAGCCACCCCUUUUCUCGACGCCGACGAGGCGGCUACUCCGAAACCCUAGAACCCUCUCGUCACGAUGAGGUCGCUUCGCGCGGCGCACACCCUUGCGUCCCGCUCGCUCCUCCUCUCCGCGCGCGCGCUCCACGGCACGGCCUGCCCCGGCGCGGCCGCGGCCGCGGGCGGCCGCUGGGGCGCCCCGCCUCCGGCGCCAUCCUCGCGGGUGGUGCCCGCCGGGAUCGCCGGCGCGGUGUCCUUCUCCCUGACAUUCGCGACGGUGGCGGCGGCUGAGGUGCAGGCGAAGGAGCGAUUGCCCGUGGAUCUGCUCCCGCAGAACGUGGUGCUGUAUCAGUAUCAAGCAUGCCCCUUCUGCAACAAGGUCCGAGCUUUUCUAGACUAUCAUGAUAUACCCUACAAAGUUGUGGAAGUUAAUCCACUGAGUAAAAAGGAAAUCAAGUGGUCUGAAUACAAGAAGGUCCCAAUAUUGACUGUAGAUGGUGAACACCUGGUUGAUUCAUCAGAUAUAAUCAAUAUAUUACAGCGGAAGAUCAGCCCUGAUGAUGACGUCAUGAGUGAAGAGGAAGCAAAGUGGCGCAGGUGGGUUGAUGAGCACCUUGUGCAUAUAUUAUCGCCAAAUAUAUACAGGACGACUUCAGAGGCUCUAGAAUCUUUUGAUUAUAUUGCAAAGCAUGGCAACUUUAGUACUGUUGAGCGGUUUGCUGCAAAGUAUGCUGGUGCUGCAGCAAUGUACAUGGUGUCCAAGAAGCUUAUGAAGAAAUACAAUAUUACCGAUGCGCGUGCUUCAUUGUAUGAAGCUUGUAACACAUGGACGGAAGCCCUGAACGGAAGAAAUUUUCUUGGGGGCUCCAAGCCUAACUUGGCAGAUCUUGCAGUCUUUGGUGUUCUGAGACCUAUCCGAUACUUGAGAUCUGGAAAAGAUAUGGUUGAACAUACUCAAAUUGGUGAAUGGUACCAACGGAUGGAAGAUGCAGUUGGAGAACCAUCAAGGAUCCAGGACGAGUAAAAGAAAACAACCAGCAAUAGAUUCUCUUUCAUUACUGAAGUCCGCAGUUAGGAUGGGUGGAAUGGAAUACAUGUCUUCCAUAAGCACUAGAAAUAUUCAAAUUUUUGCCAAAUUUUAGUAGUAUCCAAUAAUGUUGUGACAUAUACAAAGUAAACGCACGCACAGUUGGACAUAAAACAUAGUACUUCACAGUCGACAUACUGUGCCGAGUGAUUGAUUUGAUGAAGGGAAUGGGAAACUCAGCAGUUUAUUUUGUCUCAA